CAACAGCUUUGCAUUUUGGAAAUCUGACAGAGUACAAUGUUCAUAAUUUGUACGGUUUACUGGAAUGCAAAGCAACUCGUGCGGCAUUAUCCAAUCUGACCGGAAAAUGGCCAUUUAUACUUAGCAGAUCGACUUUUGUAAGCUCUGGAAAGUAUACGGCACACUGGACUGGAGACAAUGCAGCCACUUGGGAGGAUUUGGCUUACACAAUUCCAUCCAUUUUAAACUUCGGACUCUUUGGUAUUCCAAUGGUUGGUGCCGAUAUAUGUGGCUUUUCAGGGAAUACAACUGAAGAGCUCUGCAGACGAUGGAUCCAACUGGGGGCUUUUUACCCUUUAGCUAGAGAUCACUCAGAAAUUAAUUCAAUUCGCCAAGAGCUGUAUCUAUGGGACUCCGUCGCUGCCACCGCUAGGAAAGUUCUGGGUCUUCGGUAUCGCCUGUUGCCAUACUUUUACACUCUAAUGUACGAGGCACACACGAAAGGGACUCCCAUCGCAAGGCCUCUGUUUCUCACAUUCCCACAAGAUGUUCAUACCUACGAAAUCAAUUCGCAGUUUCUCGUAGGCAAAGGCAUAAUGGUAUCACCUGCAUUGAGUCCUGGAGUGGUUUCAGUCGAUGCAUACUUCCCAAGUGGAAACUGGUUCGAUCUCUUCAAUUACUCCAAUUCAGCAACAUCAUAG